GGAAACUCGUCAUUUCGUCGGUUUCAGAAAGUGUACGACUUCGAUGGGGGCUACAGGUACACCGGUAAGAUAUUGACGAUUUUAAAAUGCCCAAAGAGAAGGCCUCCAAAACGGUCGUUUGCGACAUUCGUUUCGACAACAACCCAAACGGAAUUUUCAAUGCUGGAGACGUAGUAUCUGGAUCCGUUACACUUACAUUGACCCAGCUGAAAAAGGUUAAAGGUGUUUAUCUACUGAUAACUGGAUUUGCGGAAACAUUUUGGAAUGACAAAGUUCCCCAUGGGCCCAAGAAUAAAAAAAUGAAGGCCAAUUUCAAAGGUCGUGAAGAAUUUAUCACGCACAAAACUUAUUUGAUAGGUUCCGAUACUUUGACCAAUCCCAUCGAUAUCCCCAUUGGAAGUGCUAGUUAUAAUUUCCAAAUUCCUAUCCCAACGACGGCUCCCACUUCGAUGGAAGGGCGCUACGGCCAUAUCCGUUAUUCUGUGAAAGUUACACUGGAACGACCUUGGAAACACGAUCAGAAUUUUCAAAUGCCUUUUACGGUGCUGGCAAAAAUAGAUUUUGACGAGAACAGUCCGGUGAUAAAACGGGUAUACAAAGUGGAGGAUCAAAUCAGAUUCUAUUGCUGGAUAUGCAAGUCAGAUCCUCUGAUGGUCGCCGCCAGUAUCCCUAAAACCGGUUAUAUCCCGGGAGAAGCGAUUCCGUUGAAGAUCGACGUUAACAAUCUUAGCAAGGAAGAUGUUUCCGAAAUUGUCGUUAAAUUCAAAAAAGUGAUCAAAUAUAUCAGUCAAAUUCAAGUGAUCGAAGACACGCAAGUUUACUCCGAAAGUCAUUUGCUGAAAUACGAAACGCUAGAAAUUCAAACCACACAAUCUGUCGCAAAGCAAACAAACUCAACAAUCGAGAAAAAUUUCGUCGUGGGUCCACUCAGUCCGACCGAAGAUCGCAACUGCAAGGUGAUAAAAAUAGGUUACGAGCUGGACAUCCUGGUCAAGCCAAAGCUGUCAACGCAAAAAAUUGAACUGGUGAUUCCGGUUUUGAUAGGAUCGGUUUCGCCCAAAUCGGAAGAAGCUGUUAGUUUUGUGCGAUCGUCUGGCCUCGAGAAGCUUGCUGCCGGACUGAAUCGGGAACAACCGACAGCGCCGCCACCACCCUACGUCGAAUCACCCGAUAGUCCCUAUCCGAUAGCAACGCUACAACAAGCGUACGAGAGAGAAUUCAGCAGCGAUGAGAAUGAUUUCAAGGAUUGA